UUAACCACUCUUUUGUAUACGUCAUCAUCAUGGUCAUCAAUUGUGAUCUUUUAUCCAUCUACAAUUAUCACUUCUCCCACAAAAAGCAAACGAGAAGAAAAUGGAGAACACAAGUUGGGAGCAAAAGGUAAACGCGUUGACCCACAUCCUGACCAACCCAACCACCACCGCACCUCCCCUCCACUCUCAGCUAUUCAUAGCCACUCAAAUCCCCUGCUAUCUCCACUGGAACUACCCUCCACUCCUCUGCCACCACUCCGCCGCCUCAUCUCCGCCGCCGCUCAUGAGGUGGGCCUUGUUACAGUUCUUCAAAAGAGCUUCGAGAUUGGGGCUGCCGGAGACCUCUUGGCGGUCGAAAUGCCCAUACCAACUGCCUCCGCCGCUGGUUUUAGCCGACGGGCUGAAGAAGGCGGAGUGGGGCGGAGAAGAGAGGAAAAAAUACGUGCGGGAAAGACUGAGAAGGAAGAGGCUGGGCAGUAACGUUAAUCCCUUGAUUCCGAUUGUUGUUCCCAAUCUUUUGUUGCUCUCUCUUUUGUUUUGGGAUCCCAUUCCGUUUGACCAUACCUGAAUUCAUUUAUUAUUCUUUAUUUCUUCAGGGGAAUUUUCACACGUGACUGUAAUUUGAGCUGAUUAUGUUCAUCUUUUUUCUGUUUUCUGGGUUCCAUUUGUAUAUUAGCAGUUGGAAAGCAUCAUCAUUUAUCUCUCUCUUC